AGCGGACUUCAUACACCCGUGCACGGCCGACAACAACACGUGCAUGCUGCAGUCGACUAUAGAGGCCCUCCCGGACUUCGUGAAGGGUCUCCCGGACAUGGGGGUGCCGACCCUGGACCCCUUCUUCAUUGAGAAGCUGUCGCUGCCGCUGCCCGGGCUCAAGGCUUCCUUGUACAACGGAAAAAUGACGGGGUUCAGGAAGCUGGUGAUAGAUAAUGUUGAAUCAAAUUUCAGAAAACAUAAAUUUAUGAUGGAGGUCCAUGGUAACUUAUCACUCAAGGGCUCCUACAAGGCGCAUGGGAGGGUUCUGAUAAUGCCCAUCGACGGAGAUGGAGACCUCAAAGUGAAGAUGACUAACUUCAAAAUGAAGAUGACGAUCAACACCGCCGUCAUGUCUGACGACACAGGCAGGAAACAUUUCCACGCCAAGGGCUACCAGUACACCAUCGACUACGGGCAGGCCUCCUUCAACCUGACGAACCUCUUCAAAGGCAACCCAGAAUUGAGCAACACGGUGUUGACAUUCAUCAACGAGAACUGGCGGCUGAUAGCCGACGAGUUCGGCAAGCCGAUCUUAGACUUCGCGACGGAAACCAUCGUGAGAUCCAUUGAGAAGUUCUUCCUCGCCGUCCCGAUCGAGGAGCUCGUCGAGGGGCCUAUACCUUCUUAUAAUUGAUUUGUAAAU